CCUCUAGAGAUCUGCAUGUUGACCUUUGUCAGGCCAAAAGACGUACGCGCUGGUACUAGGUCGACGUAUCAGCCAUGACGAUCUUCUCAUUAUACAUCUUCGAUCGGCACUGCGAUUGUAUCUACUACCAGGAUUGGAACAGAACACGACCGCUCAGAGCCCCUUCCACGACAAACUUCAAACCUGGAGUCCAUCGAUUGGCCCCUGCUCAGCCUAGUCAGACUGCAGGAACGAGAGAGAGCAUCUUUUCCAGUGGUUUUUCAUCGGGAGGGAUAGGCACAGGGAUUACUAAGGCUGGGAAUGCAAUGGGAUCAGGAGCUGGAGCGUCACAAAGGGGACUACCGUUUGAUGAAGAGGCCAAGUUGGUAUAUGGGGUCGUGCUGUCAUUGAGAAACAUGGUCAAAAAGCUGUCAGGGAGGGACGAGCCGCUCACUUCCUACUCUACUCCGCAUUACAAACUUCACCUCUACGAGACGUUGACAGGAUACCGCUUCGUCCUUCUUUCCGACCCAUCCUCUGAUUCUUUACGUUUCGUUCUGAGGCAACUGUAUACCGGAGCGUUCCUGGAAUACGUCGUACGGAAUCCACUUAUAGAUAUGGAUUCGAGGACAGAAGGUAUAGACAACGAUCAGUUUCGGAGCGCCGUAGAUAGACAUAUGAAGAGUCUGUCGGUCUUCUCAUAAAUCGACAGGGAGACCAUGCAUAUGCAGAUGAUAAUGUUGUAUACAAUGCAGAUGAAU